CCAUAUGUACCUAUAGGAGACAGAGCAGAUCGCAGCUUUACUGGGAAUGUGGCAACAGAGGCGAUGUUACCAACCCGUGACCCUCUUGGCUUUGCUGCCCUCUUUCACAUGGCACAAAGAAGCAGUUCUUAUUUUUAUGGCUGUGGAAGCGUAUAUGUCAGGAAGACGACACAGAGUGCAAACUCGUGGCAAGGUUUGCCUCUCAUUCUGAAAUUCAACAUGCAUUUCACUGCCUGCUAGAGCAAUUGCAGAAGUCCUUUAAACCCUCCAAGGCAUGACACACAUGGGACAGGCACCUUGGUUGUCGCAAAACCCAGGGAGCACCUUUUUUCCUGAACGGCCACGCAGAGUGAAACCCGGGUACCAUCCCAGUGAGCAGGACAUUGGCAGUUGUGGAAAAGCCAUCAGUGGGGAGCAGCUGAGUCCCCCAGCUGCUCCCAGUUGCUGUGAUUGCCUUUACAAAACCCUUCCCCAGCUGAUGCCAGGUGAUGCCUGAGGGUACACUCACCAGUCGGUAGGCUGAGCUCUUCUCCUGCGUGGCUCUAAGCUCUGCUACACUCUGUGUGUUCCCUGUCUCUGAGCUCCUGAUCCUCAGCACGCACGUGCCCGCAUCACUCAGCGAGAGGACGGGGAGGUGAGGCAGCUGCCUGUUAAAAGCCGGGAGAGCAGAUCGGCAGCUGCAGAUCGGCUGUUGGGUGGUACCGGAGGAGAGAAAGCCCUCGCUGUGUGCCGGGGACGUGGGGGACACCGCGGGGACCAGGGACAGCGCUCCGGCUCCUGCAGGGAAGAGGGCAGAUCAAGACUUGGGGCCGUCACGUGUGCUGUUGAGUUUUGGAAUUGAUUCUGGACGCGCAGGGCAAAGGGUGUGUCCUCGGCCGAAUGGAGCCUCACUGCCAGCUUUGGCCAUGGGUGUUAUUUGUCCUCCUGGCUGCCCCACAGCUGCUGGCUGCCCAGCCAGGCUGCUCCCAUGGCGCCUGCUACCCCCCAACCGCUGACCUCCUCCUGGGACGAGCCCACAGCCUCCGAGCAUCUUCCACGUGUGGCCUCACCAAGCCCGAGACCUACUGCACACCCCACGGAGAGUGGAGCAUGAGGUGCUGCCGGUGCGACUCACGGCUGCCGCACACCCACAACGGGCACCGCGUGGAGAACGUCCUGUCCUCGGCCGGGCACGUGCGAUGGUGGCAGUCGCAGAACGGCAUCGAGCGCGUCUCUUUGCAGCUGGACCUGGACCAGACGUUCCAGCUCAGCAGCAUCCUGCUUCACUUCAGGUCACCGCUGCCCGCGGCGAUGCUGAUCGAACGCUCCACCGACUUUGGCAAGACCUGGCAGGUGUACCAGUACCUGGCUUCCGACUGCGCCGCCGCCUUCCCCAGCGUCCCCAGGGGCUCCCCCGAGAGCUGGCAGGACGCUCGGUGCCAGGCGCUGCAGGGCUACACUUUGCACGGGGGCAAGGUGAAAUUUAGUGUCCAAGACCUGGCAUCUACCAUCACUACCUCUUACAGCCAGACUGUCGAUAAGCUGGGACAGUUCACCAACCUGCGGAUCAACUUCACCGAGCUCCCCCACAUUGCACGCCAGGGAUAUCACUCACCCAGCACCUUCUACGCUGUGACUGAGAUGCGGGUGGUUGGCAGCUGCUUCUGCCACGGGCACGCCGACCACUGUGCCCCUUCGGGAGACCUGCACACCGCGGAGGGUACAACAUCCUCUGUGCAGCAGGUCCACGGGCACUGCGUGUGUCAGCACAACACCGCCGGACCCAACUGCGAUCGCUGUGCUGCCCUCUACAACGACCGGCCCUGGGCACCCGCAGAGGACGACGAUCCCCAUGAGUGCCAGAGAUGCAACUGCAAUGGUCACUCGGCAUCGUGCCACUUCGACCCAGAGCUGUACCGUGCCAGCGGAGGGGCGAGCGGGGGUGUGUGUGACAGCUGCCAGCACAACACCGAAGGCAACAACUGUGAGCGCUGCAAAACUAACUAUUUUCGCAACCCGCGGCAGGAUCUUACCCAUCCCGAAGCCUGUUUGCCCUGUGAGUGCGACCCGGACGGCACCGUGCCUGGCUCCGUCUGCGACGCGCUGACAGGGCGCUGCGUCUGCAAGGAGAACGUGCAGGGCGACCGCUGCCACCUCUGCAAGCCAGGGUUUGCCCAGCUGGCCAACGCCAACCCCAUGGGGUGCCGCAGAUGCACCUGCAACGUGCUGGGAACGCAGCAGAAUGUGCCCUGCGACGACGAGACGGGGAGGUGCGCCUGCCUGCCCAACGUGGUGGGGAAUGACUGCGACCAGUGCGCGGGCGAGCACUGGGACAUGGGCAGCGGCCGCGGCUGCCGGCCCUGCGACUGCCACCCCCGCGGCUCCCGCAGCCCCCACUGCAACCAGUUCACGGGACAGUGUCAGUGCCAAGAGGGUUUCACGGGACGGACAUGCUCGGCCAUGCAGGAGCAGGUCUGCCCAGAUAGGCACUACGGAGAUGUCCGCUUAGGGUGCACAGAGUGUGACUGUGACUUCCAGGGCACGGAGGACAUGGGGUGCAACAAGACCACGGGCCAGUGCCUCUGCCGCCCGGGUGUCACUGGUCCCCGCUGUGACCAGUGCCAGCGCGGCCACUGCAGCACCUACCCGGGCUGUGAGCUGUGUCACCCCUGCUUCCGCGCCUACGACGGGGACAUCCAGCGCCUGCGUCUGCACCAGCUCGGCCUCAGCAACAACACGUCCCGGCUGCCCGUGGGGAGUGGGGGGUCCCACUUCAGCCCCCGCCUGGCGCAGGCGCAGGGCAACGUGCAGCAGGCGCAGAGCAUCCUCGGCCGAUCGCUGGUGAUGGAGCAGAGCCUGGCCCAGGUGGGCAACGCGCUGGCUGCCAUCAGAGAGCAGGUCCAAGGCAUAAAUCCUGACCUUCGUUUUCUGGAUGAGACUGCCUCUCUAUCGAGGGAGCUCGAAGCCCUCAACAGCAGCUUGCUUAUCACUAACGCCCAGUAUCAGAGCAAGAAGAACCAGUUUGAAAGCAGUGUCAGCACAGAUCUGUCAGGAGCCUUCAAGACAAUCAGCUCUGCUUUCCAGACGUCCAGCAAUGCCAGCAGCAUCGUCAGCGGUGCCUCGGGGCUGCUGGCCGAGUCCCGGGGGAGCCGCAGCAACGCCGCGGGGCUGGAGGGGCGGCUGGCCGAGUCCACCUCCAAACUGCUGACCCUGAAGGGCGAGAUGGCCUCAUCGCCCAACCUGACCCCUGUCAUAAAUAAGAUCUGCGGUGGCUUCCGAGCCGAGACCUGCGCCCCUGCCCGCUGCGAGAACCUGCUCUGCCCACGGGACAACGGCUCUGCCUGCGGGGGGGACCGGCCCUGCCGCGGCAUCUUCCCGCUCUCGGGGGGGGCCCUGGCUACGGCUGGGGAAGCUGCCAGGGAAUUCCGCAGCCUGAGCGCCCGGCUCCGGGACACGGCACAGCUGAUUAAGACGACAGAGACGUCUGCAAAUCAGAUUCAGAGCAAUGCUCGGCGGCUCGCGGACCAGAUGAGCGUAACGAGGACCCAGAUAGAAGGAGAUGUGCGGCGCAUCCAGCAGUUCAUCCAGCAAGUCCGAAACUUCUUGUCAGACAAGGACACGGACCCUGCUGUUAUCCAGGAAAUCAGUGAGACUGUUCUCUCCCUGCGCCUCCCCACGGAUGCUGCUGCAGUCCUGCGAAAAAUGACUGAGAUCCAAAACCUGGCGACGAAGCUGCAGUGCCCGGAGAGCAUCCUUGCCCAGACGGCCGGGGACAUCGCCAAGGCCAAGCGGCUGCAGCAGGAAGCAGAACAAGCCAGGAACCGGGCGAAUGCCGUGGAGGGCAACGUGGAGGAGGUGGUCGGGAACCUGCGACGGGCGAACACGGUGCUGCUGGAGGCCCGGGGUGCGAUCAGGGGCUCCGGCUCUUCCCUUCGGUUCAUCCAGGAGCGUGUUGAUGAGAUCGAGGCUGUUCUUGGUCCAGCUGAGAAGAACGUCAAGUCCAUCGCGGGCCAGCUGGACGGGCUGAUGGAGAGGCUCCCGCAGCUGCAGCGCGGGGCGGACCAGAACCGCCUGCGGGCCACGGACAUGGAACAGACGGCCGAGCAGGCGGGCGAGCAGGCCAGGAGCGCACAGCAGGCUUUCGAACAAGUGAAACAAAUGUACGCUGAGCUGAAGAGAAGGACGGAGCAGAGCCCGGCUUUGGGAGAGCAGGGCAGCAGGGUGCAAAGCAUCAACCUGGAGGCACAGGCUUUGUUUGAGGAAACUUUGGCCAUGAUGCUCAGGAUGGAAACGUUAGAGACGGAAAUUCAGGAAAGCAACAAGGCUUUGAUGUCCAAAUCGGCCAGGCUGUUGGGGCUGGAGGAGCAGGUGGGAGCCAUCCGGGACACCAUCAACAAGCGAGUCGCCUACUACGAGAGCUGCUCCUGAGCGAGCUGCCCGCGUUGCCUUCCCCUCUGCAGACACUGACUUGGGUAUUUAUUCCCAUUUUCUGGCUGGAGUUCUCAUGUGCCCGACGUCUCUAUUUUUAGCAAAUUGAGUUUCCGUACCUCUGGAAAAUAACUGCGCUGAGCCAAAGGAGCAACCCCCUGGAGAGACCUAAUGUUGCAUGGACUGGCUGGAGGUGCCUGGUGGUUGGAGAAGAAAGGGGGGGAGACAUCAGUCUUCCAUGGCAAAUAAAAACAUCCCUGAAGUUAUUGCCAGAGGGGUUUAUAAACCAAGAAAUAAUUUCUCUUUCUUGUUUUCAGCAAUUCAGGCUCUUUUAGCUGAAUUUCACUGUUUGAAUUAAAACCCCCAUGGGGGACCUUUUAAAACGUUUUAUCUAUGCUGCAGUUAAUCCUUGCCGUGACUUCAGCACUUCCUUCCUAGAUCUUUCUUCAAAGAGCUAGAUCACAGAAAUGGAGAAUUUUAUCUCUGUUGUAUCUACACAAUAUCCCUAUGUUUGUCUCGAUAAGAUAAAUGUUAUUUCGUACUCAAA